UUGAGUUUUAGGCGUUGCCCGGUUCAAACGAAUAUACUGAAGUGCUCCAAAGUGUUUGUAAUUGCUCAGAGAUAAAAAAAUAUUUUUGUGCAUAAAAGAUUACCGAAUACAUACAUAAUUUAAUUCCAUCAAAUUCGCUUGACCUGAAAUUUGAAAUUUGAUAAACUUUUUUGUUACUGCAUCUACAAGCAACCUUUUGUCUUGUCUUGUUGUUGCUGUGUUCGGUGGAAAUCAUAAAAUUCUAUUCAUCAGCAAAAAGGUUGAAUAACAAGAAAUUAUCAUGAGUCAGAAAGUGUUCGGCUUGUUCUUGGUGUUGAUUGCAGCUGCCAAUGCAUUGAAGGUACCUGUAACCAUUUACUAUGAAUCACUCUGUCCAGACAGCGCAAAAUUCAUAACCGAGCAAAUCUUUCCAACAGUUAAGGGCGAACUACGCGACUACAUCGAUAUCACAUGGGUGCCUUUUGGCAAAUCAUCGUUUACAACACAAGGUGCCGAUGUGAUCUUCAAUUGUCAUCAUGGUCCCAACGAAUGCUAUGGCAAUAAAGUGCAUGCAUGUGCCAUCGAGCAUAUACAGGCCAACUCCUACCAAAUUCAAAACACUAGAGAAUCAUUGACAUUGGACUUCAUCAACUGUAUGAUGAAGGCGGGCAAGAAUUUCGACGACAAUGUAUAUCCAGGUGCACGUUGCGCACGUGAGAGUCAGGUAAGCGGCUGGGAGAAUAUUCAACAAUGCGCCAACUCCACCGAGGGUAGUCAUUUGCUGAAAAAACACGGCGAAACAACUAAUCAAUUCCAAAACCCAUUAACCAGCGUGCCAACUAUUGUAUUCAAGCAGCAAUAUGAUGUCAAGGAAAAUGAUCGCGCCAUGUCCAACUUCCUGAGCAUUGCCUGCAAGUACAUUCCACAACCGCAGCCUAAAGUGUGUGCCGCUCUCAACUCCGCCGUCGCCACCGCUGUCACACCCAUUUUAGCCAUAUUGGCCUACCUGCUGGUGCGUUUCUUUUAGAGCGUUGCCCGCGAGCGCAAUUUUACAUCCGACGCUGCUGGCGUUUACCUACAUUCAGCUUCCAUUAGAAAAAGAGAACAGUGGUUGUUUUAAUUAUUUUUAUAGCCUUAUACAUAAACUAUCCGUCCAGUUAAAGUGGUUCAAAUUUUUUGUAUUUUUUACAUGAAUCGUGUUUAAGUUUUUCAACAAUAUUUAUAUACUUAAACAUACUCGUACAUGCUAUGCCCUAUGAUCAUCUCUGUGGUAUUGAGUGUGUUUUGUAGAUUAACUUUCACUAUUUGUAAAUGAAUAAAAUUCACAAUUUGUAAUAUAUUUAACUAAUAAAUAUACAUA